AAUUCUUUGACGCAUAUGGUAAAUCACAAGCGCACUACAUUUCCCAUCAAAGGGUAAGGCAGAUUGACCAAGAUACGUCUACUGCUACCGACCAGCUGUAUAGCUACAUUUCUGAAGAUGAUAAGGGGUAAACCAGAUGAGGAUGACUACUGGAACAGUUCGAAGUUCAAAGCUUUCACAUUUGAUGAUGAAGAUGAUGACUUUACCAGGCUAAAGGAAUCCAAGCGGGCUGUGAACAGUAUCCGCAGCCUGGUAGAGGAAGAGGAUGAAGAAGAUGAUGUGGAGAAGGUCAGCUGGAGUGGCGAGCCUGUUGGAAGCAUCUCGUGGUCGGUCAAGGAGACAGAAUCCAGCAUUCGCUCCACAGGAGAGGUGCGGGACCAGAGCUUCCCCAAAAUCCACACUGCCCCUUCGUUGCCCAAGAAUAGUUCUGGCUACUCCUUAAGCUCAUUAUUCAAAGGAAAGGCCAAAACUGGGAGCUUCCAGUCCUUCUCUGAGUCUUUCGGUGAUCCAUCCAUCCGAAAUUAUGCCCCGGAGCUUCGGAAACCGAAAUCUGAAUACAAGGACUACGUCAGUGACUGGACCCCUGAGGAGACUGUGAAGAGGAUGCAGCAGGGAAAGGUCUACUCUUUGGAGAAGUUCCGCUCCUUACAGGACAAACUUCUGCUAUUGGAUGAGGCUGUGAAUGCACAUGAUGGAAACGUCAUCACUGCGGUUUUAAUAUAUUUAAAGAAGUCAUUAAGUAAAGAGAUUCUCUUCCGGGAGUUGAUAACAAGAGAAAUAGCUCUUAGGCAUUAUAUCCACUACCUGAAGGAAAUAGGAGAACAGAAGCUUUUGGUGGAGCUCUUCAAGUCCAUGGACAGAACAGAAGACAUGGCGCUCCUGCAGUACAGAGAUCACCUCAAUGUCAGAGACGAGAACAAGAGGAGGGACUUUCUGAAGAACUGCCUCAGUCUCCCCUUCUCACCAGACGAUGCCACUCACGUUCAAGACCACUACACACUCCUGGAAAGGCAGAUCAUCAUCGAGGCGAACGACAAACAGGUGGAGAGUAGCGGCCAGGCGGACAUCUUUAAGAAAUACCCGCGGAAAGCCUCCAUCCUCAACAUGCCCAUCAUCACUACUCUCUACUACUCCUGCUUCUACCAUUAUGGGGAGUCUGAUGGCACGUUCAGCAGUCCAGCCAACAUACGGAAGACCUUCAGGAUUUCAGAUAAACAGUUUCUCCUCACAUGUCUGGGUGCGAGGGCAAAGCUGAAAGCCUGGUUCGAUGUGGAUGCUCUGUUCACCACCAAGAACUGGCUGGGCUACACCAAGAAGAGGUCUCCCAUUGGCUUUCAUAGAAUAGUGGACAUCCUUCAGAAAAACAACGCACCAGUACAGGUGUUGCAGGAUUAUGUCAACCUGGUUGAAGACGUGGAGCAGAAGAUCAGUUUGGCGCAGAAGUAUAAGUGUCACGACGUCAUCAUCAAUACGUACAGGGACCUGAAGGACCGGCAGCAGUUGAUUGUGUACCGGGGGAAGGUGGAGAGAGGCUCAUCCGAGUACAGGAAGAUCGAGGAAAUCCUCAGCAACUCGCAACUCAGAUGGAAAAACUGACAUCCAUUUUUAGAAGACUAUGACAACACUGCUUCAAAUGGACAUUUGUUUCAGAAUGAGACAUGAUGUAUGGGACAAAUUAUUUUGAAGUGACGGGCUGCUGGAGCGAAGAUGCAGUUGACGGUUUGACUGCAAGACGAAGUUCACCUUCCAUACUAUGUUAGCUCUGGUCCAUGGCAUUAGUUUGCAUUCCUCCACUAACCGUUAGUAGAGGAACACACACUAAUGCCCUGGACCAGAGCUAGCUUUAAGUGUGACAGCAGAGGAGAGAGCAGGUGGCCAUACGAAUGAAUGAGCCAAAAGCUUCAAUUUUCAUGAAUUUUUUUGGGGGUGUUUGCAGUCUUAUGUAAUGCUUGCUCGACGUGUGUAUCCAUCUUUUCACCAACCCUGUUAGCUGUGCUCUUUACGCAAGUCGAAGCAGAAGGUGCAACAGCGGUAGUAAAAGUCUGAACAACAGUAUAUAGACAUGUAUUCCUCUGACCCCCUGAUCUAAUUUAUGUUUUUAUAAACAUGAAAAUAAAACUUUAAUAAGAACGGAUGAAACAUGUUCUUGACUUGCA